GCGAAGCCCUCAUCUCCUCUGGUGUUUGCCCUUGUCGUUUCCUAGGACUGAGAGUGACUGGUUCAAGAUUACCACCUGGUUUAGCAUCCAAGGCUAUGUGACGCAUCCUCACUUGAGGUUUUCAUCCCUGGCAUGGGUGUAUUAAGCUCCAAGACUUCGUUUUCGGCUUUCCUCCUAGGCCUCAUUUCUGGCUUUUUAAGCAUCUUCUACCUUGUGCAAAACCUGACAUGGGAAAGAUCCAUGCAUCUUGGCCUCCAGAUGCCACAUGGCUCCAAGGAUCUAGAAAGCGUGUUGGCUAAAUCAGAUCUUGUCAGUUCUGUACACUUACCCAAAGCAGGUGUGUAUAACAGUGUGGCAGAUGAACUGUACGACAAGGUACGGAUUCUGUGCUGGGUGAUGACAGGGCCCCAAAACUUGGAGCAGAAAACCCGCCACGUCAAGGCCUCUUGGACCCGUCAUUGCAACGUGGUCGUUUUCAUGAGUUCAAUGGAAGACAAAGACUUUCCCACUGUAGGACUGGGUACCAAGGAAGGCAGGGACCAGCUCUACUGGAAAACCAUCAAGGCUUUCCAAUAUGUACACACACAUCACUUUGAGCAGGCCGACUGGUUCCUCAAAGCAGACGACGAUACUUUUGUGGUGCUCGAAAACCUCCGAUGGCUGCUCUCCAACUACUCCUCCGACAGGCCCAUCUAUUUUGGGAAGCGCUUCCGGCCCUUUGCCAAGCAAGGCUAUAUGAGUGGGGGCGCAGGCUACGUCCUGAGCAAGGAGGCCCUGCGUCGUUUCGUUGCCGGCUUUGCCACCAAAGUCUGCAGCCACACCACGUCAGUGGAGGACCUGGCUCUGGGUCAGUGCAUGGAGAAGAUGGGCGUGGAAGCUGGCGACUCCCGGGACAUGAGAAAGAGGGAGACCUUCCAUCCUUUCGUGCCCGAGCACCACUUGACAGGCAAAGUCUCAAAAAGCUCCUGGUACUGGGCUUAUUGCUAUUAUCCUAUUGUAGAGGGACCUCAGUGCUGCUCUGACCUGGCUGUCUCUUUCCACUAUGUGGACUCAGUGGGGAUGUACACCCUGGAAUACCUCACCCACCAUCUGCGUGCCUAUGGUUACCGCUACCGCUACCAGCCACCUUUGCCUGAGAAUGCCACUCACCUUCAGCCCCACCCACCCUUGGGGGAAAACCCUAAGAGGAGCAGCAACGACACUAAGCAGGGCAAGUUGUAAGAAGUGAGUGCAAGUUCAGAGCAAACUCAUCCAGGCUACAGAUGGUGAGGCUUGUCGGUGCGUCAAACCUGCUGGCCUGUAUGGUUUUUAGUGUGUUUUUAAAGUAAGUGCCUUCUUCCUGGAAAGGAGAGAAAUAAAUAUGCUCAGGUAAUUUUCUCAUCCCCAAAUCUCUGUAUAUGCCCACUAGCCAAAAGGAAGGAUGUUAUCAAAGAAGCCUUGUUGUUGUUGUUCCUGAAAGGGCAUGAGAAGAAGGCAGAAUUUGGCCAAACAUGAUGCUGUUUUUAUCCAUUCCUUCUUUGCCCUUGUUUCCGAUGCAAACCAAUCAGUCCCAUCACCCUGUACACGAUGUAAUGUUCGCUGGCUUAAAAAGCUGAGGGUUUGGCCUUAAAAAAAAUGCUUUUUAAGCAGUGGGGUGGAAUUUCCUGUCCUUGAGUGACAGGGAAGAAGGUUGUGAAGACGCAUGGAAGGAACGUCUUGGAAAGUGGGAUCGUUUCAUGUCUUCCCUCUCCAAAUAUGACUGCACCGUGAGCAAAGAGGUCUCAUACAAUAAAUAGCCAGUCUCAGGAUCCUCAGGCGCAACAAGUACAAACCACCAAGAAUGACGUUUUGGAUGUAUAAUGCUGGUUUAAUCUUGUUCGUUCCAAAAACGCUGCAGUCCUAACGAUAAAAAAUUGGCGCUACAUGCAUAUGGCCUGUAGCGCUUAUAUCCACCCCGCGCCCAUCAGCUGUGAGGUGGGGCUCGAACACCGCCCAUGACAACGCCCUGCCGCCAGCGAAUCAGCAGGCCAGGAAGUGGGCGGGGCGAUAACAAGCGCCGGCAGCAUUCCCAAAGCGUCUCGAACAGUUGGCACCCCGAUAUCCUGGAGCCCUAAUCCUGACACACCUUACACCCCCACCCGACCGCCUUCCGUAGCGCCUACAUGCAAACCCCCCCCCCCCGUGUGUGAAUGUACACCUAUUCUGUCCGUGAAGUGUGCAGCUCCGGUACGGCUCCGUCCUGUCCUCACGCCCUGUGUUGCGGUCUCGAGCAUGAUGAUGGUGCUCGACAGCCGGUGUUUGGCUAUUGGGGACAAGUAAGAAUCCUGUCUGGACACUUGAGAGACAAGAUAGAAAUAGGGCAUUAAGUCUACCAGGUCACACGAAUGUGACAUCAGCAGUUUCAGUCCACUAACGGAUUCAGCCUAUAAAAGACACUCCGCCGAUGGGUUUCUUCAUGAACCAGGGUGCACUGCAGUGACAAGGAUUAUUGUUUAAAGGAAGAUAAUGGAGACAAAACGAAGAAGGAAUUGGCAAGCCGCUUCUGGAAAAUGCUGCCCAAAAGAUUGCAGGGGCAUUUGUCAAGAAUCAAAAUUGACUUGAAAUUGACAAUUUGUUUCCUACAUCACCGCUGAUUACCCAACAGCUGACUAGCAGGCAGGCAGCAGCCAAUUCCAUAGUUAGUUAUGUCUUCAGCCUCAUUGCCUGUACUCCCAUGCCUGCUAUUGAAGGUUAACUCUAUCCUAACUCUCUAUAUGAAUCCCCGUCCAUGUGAAGCUUCUGCAGUAGAGUUAAUCUCACACUAUGAGAGUCUGUCUAUGCCAAUAACAGAUAGUUCUGGAGACAGGAGGACCAGCAGAUGCCCAGUCUUGUGAGAGUAUUACUCAUCCCUGAUACUGGGCUCAAUUGGCAAAAAUAACCAAGUGCUUUUCAGUUUUCUAACUGGGAAACGUCUGAUGCUUCCAAGCAUCCCCAGUGGCGAUUAUUGACCUAUAAUAUUCGGAGUUCUAUUUUUGAUAAAUUGAUCUGUGUUGUGAAAAAUGAGUACAUAUUUUCAGAAGUUCAAAAAGAAUGGAAAGUACAUACACUUCCACCUAGAUCCAAAACACGGAUGUAGCCAAAAAGAAUCUGGGAAAUGUAACUACUAUUGCUUCUCAUCCAACUUCCUUCUGGAAGGCAGAGUUGACUAAAGCAUUGAUCAGUCCUUCCUGUAAUGUGCUGAAAAGACCCAUAUGGAGAUAUGGAGACUCAGAGAUGCCCAGCAUCUGAAUCUCUUCAUGAAGUCUGGUUAGAGCAGGCAACUGAUAAAACUCCCACCCCCAUCCCAUGAUCAUACAUUGCCAAAGCUGUGAGUUUUGAAUUCAUCCUGAUAAAUUGAGAUGGUGGACCAGACCAUUAAUAUUUAAUAACUGUGAAAGUUUCUCAGGACUUAAGAGAUGUUGAUAGAUUGUCCUACUCCUUUUUAACCCUUUCUGAUAUAGUGGAUAAGAAUAUAUUAUUCUUUUGUUUUGUAUAAGGCUCUGGGGGAGGGGGGUUUGUACAGUAUCUGUUACUAAUUACAGGUUGGAAUUAAAAUUAGCCAUUUUUGGAUACUGAAAUAAAUGGAGACGUUGGUCAUAUGGAACUAAAA